AUGUCGAAUGUUUUCAGUCCACUUACUGCUAUACUUAAGGACAACAAAGAGUACAAAUUUGUGCUCACUCAAGAGUGCCCUCCUAUGCUUGGCCCUGAUGAUAGCCAACAGCUAAAGGAAAUGUACGAGAAGUGGCAAAAGGCUGAUGAAAUGGCCAAGUGCUAUAUUUUAGCUUCAACGUCAAACGGUUUACAACAUCAGCAUCAGUCUUUUGUCACUACUCGUGACAUUUUACUGAACCUUAAGGAAAUGUUUGGGAAACAAAGUAGAGCGGCACAACAAGUCGCAAUGAAACAAAUUAUGAACGCUCGUAUGCCCGAAGGAACUCCAGUUGGCGAACACCUUUUAAAAAUGAUUUCUUAUUUUAAUGAACUGGAGGUUCUUGGGGCAAACAUAGAUGGUGAGACCCAGGUUGAUAUAAUUCUGCAAUCAUUGCCAGAGUCAUUCAAUCAGUUCAAACUAAAUUAUUCUAUGAAUAGUAUGGCUUAUUCUUUAUCAAAACUGAUGAAUGCUCUGCAAGCUGCGGAAGGAAUUUUUAAAGGUCAAGGGAGUGUUCAUACAGUGGAAAAGGGUUCUUCUUCUCAUGGAAAGCCGAAAGGCAAGAACCAUAAUAAGAAGCAAGGUUCCACUGUCCCCAAAAAGGUUGGUACUAGUGGUGGAAUUGUCAAGGCUAAGGGCAAGGCUAAAAUCAAAGGAAAUUGUUUCCAUUGUGGUAAGGAAGGGCAUUGA